AUGUCGACCGAUAAUAAGGGAUAUUACGCUUCUCAGCCUCCUCAAUACCCUCAACAGGCUGCAUAUGGCCAGCCCGCCUAUGGUCAGCCUGCUUACGGCCAGCAGCCUUCCCCAUACCCUCCACCUGCUCAGCCCGGAUAUCCCCCUCAACCAUAUGGUUCCCCACAGCCUGGUUAUGGUCAGCCUGGAUACCCUCAAACACCACAACAAGGAUACUAUGGCCAGCCCUCUCCACAACCUCAGGUCAUUAUUCACCAACAAGCAGCACCCCAACACAACAACAACAACAAGACCGACGAUUUGUGCUUUGGAUGGUAA